AUGAAAAUAUACCAGUUUGCUCCUACCAGACCAAUUCUGACCACAGUGCUGUUAUUAACCCUGGCACCAAUUUCCAACGUCAACUCGAACCAGCAUUAUAAGGAUGCCUUCUACGAAUAUUUGGGUCCUGGUUAUUCUUAUGUUCACCUACAAUCGUCAUCAAAUGGCAAAACUGCGUCCACCACAAGUGUUCUGGGAUGUGCUGCGAUCGGUUUAAACAGUGAUUCACCAUUCUUCAGUUACAACAAAGUUAGCAAAUUGUGUACGGUAUAUUCUCCAAAUAAUAUCCUGUCACUUAACUUCGUGCAAAACAGCAACGAGAGGUCCUACUAUAAUAAAAAUAGUGAAUGGGUUAAGGUCUAUAGCAUAUCAAUGGGAGCUGGUUCGAAAGUCUACAAUUCUUUCCUCAAUAUAGGAAGCCCUUCAACAUGGAACGUGGAUAAAUGCAACGGUGCCUUUUGUCCUAACUUCUUCCGACAUCCCAUUCUUGACAUCUGGAGCCAUCUCCCAGUUGAUGAUGUGAAACUGGUACUAUACAAGAACAAAACUGUUGUAGUCACUGUGGUGUUUGAUGGACGAAAUUCAACUAUUACAAACUGGUUCUCACACGAAAAUUUGAAAAGUUCCCCAUGGAAUGAUCUGACUGCGGUCAAACCUUCAUAUUUUUCAGUUACUGGAGAUAGGUUUUAUUUACAGUCUUGA